AUGCAGGACUCGGACGCGCCCAUGCGCGCCACCAUCGAGUACGACAACGGCAAGACGCUCAUGGCGCAGGGACCGCAGGCGCUGCACGACCACGUCGCCUCCCGCAUGGAGAAGGCGCUCGGCAAGAGCCUCCCGCAGAUGGAGGUGCGCUUCAAGGACGUCUCCAUCUCCGCCGACAUCAUCGUCAAGGACGAGACCGACGUCAAGGUCGAGCUCCCCACGCUGAUCAACGUCAUGAAGACAGGUUUCCGCGAGAUGCGCUCCAGCAAACACGUCGUCAAGAAGCAGGUGCUCAAGAACGUCAGCGGCGUCUUUAAGCCCGGCACUAUCACGCUCGUGCUGGGCCAGCCGGGAUCGGGCAAGUCCUCGUUCAUGAAGCUGCUCAGCAGCCGCUUCCCCAACGACAAGAACGUCACGAUGGAGGGCCAGGUGACCUACAACGGCACGCCCGCCACCGACAUGCAGAAGCACUUGCCCCAGUUCGUGUCGUACGUGACGCAGCGCGACCGGCACUACUCGCUGCUCACCGUCAAGGAGACGCUCGAGUUCGCGCACGCCUGCACCGGAGGCGGCCUGUCGAAGCGGGACGAGCAGCACUUCACCAACGGCACGCCCGAGGAGAACAAGGCCGCGCUCGACGCCGCCAGGGCCAUGUUCAAGCACUACCCGGACAUCGUCAUCCAGCAGCUCGGACUCGACAACUGCCAGAACACCAUCGUGGGCGACGCCAUGACGCGCGGCGUGUCCGGCGGAGAGCGCAAGCGCGUGACCACGGGCGAGAUGGAGUUCGGCAACAAGUUCGUCAUGAUGAUGGACGAGAUCAGCACGGGCCUCGACAGCGCCGCCACCUUCGACAUCAUUACCACGCAGCGCAGCAUCGCCAAGAAGUUCCGCAAGACGGUGGUCAUCUCGCUGCUGCAGCCGUCGCCCGAGGUCUUCGAGCUCUUCGACGACGUCGUCAUCCUGAACGAGGGCCACGUCAUGUACCAUGGUCCUCGCGCCGAGGCGCUGGGCUACUUCGAGAGUCUCGGCUUCAAGUGUCCUCCGCGUCGCGACGUGGCCGACUUCCUGCUGGAUCUCGGCACGGACAAGCAGGCGCAGUACGAAGUUAAAGCCCAAGGACGCACCAUCCCGUGCACUUCAAGCGACUUUGCCAACGCGUUCGAGCGCUCGUCCAUCUACCAACAAGUGCUGGCAGACCUCGAAGACCCCGUGUACCCCGGGCUCGUCCUCGACAAGGAGACGCACAUGGACACCCAGCCCGAGUUCCACCUGAACUUCUGGGACAGCACCGCGUUGCUCGUGAAGCGACAGAUGAGGGUGACAAUGCGCGACUCGGCAGCGCUCAUGGGGCGCUUGUUCAUGAACACCAUCAUGGGCCUGCUGUACGCGAGCGUCUUCUACCAGUUCAACCCGACGAACUCGCAGCUGGUCAUGGGCGUCAUUUUCGCGUCGGUUCUGUGCUUGUCGCUGGGCCACUCCGCGGAGAUCCCGACGAUCAUGGCUGCGCGCGAGGUGUUCUACAAGCAGCGCGGGGCCAACUUCUUUCGGACGUCGUCCUACGUGCUCUCGAACUCGGCCAGUCAGCUACCUCCGAUUAUCUUGGAGACCGUGGUGUUCGGCUCCGUGGUCUACUGGAUGUGCGGCUUCGUGGACACCAUCGGGGCGUUCCUGCUGUUCCUCGUCAUGCUGUGCGUCACGAACCUCGCGUUCACGGCGUUUUUCUUCUUCCUGGCGUCGGCGUCGCCGAAUUUCAACGUGGCCAACCCGAUCUCCAGCGUCUCGAUCCUCUUCUUCAUCUUGUUCGGGGGCUUCGUGAUCACCAAGGACCAGAUUCCGGACUACCUGAUUUGGUUGUACUGGCUGAACCCGGUCGCUUGGGGCGUGCGCGCUCUGGCUGUGAACCAGUACAGCGACUCGAGCUUCGACACGUGCGUCUACGGCGACGUCGACUUCUGCGAGAGCUUCAACCAGACGGUCGGAGACUAUUCGCUCACCAUGUUCGAGGUGCCGACCGAGAAGUUCUGGCUCUGGUACGGCAUCGUGUUCAUGGCUGCCGCGUACGUCUUCUUCAUGUUCCUCUCGUACAUCGCGCUGGAGUUCCACCGCUACGAGAGCCCCGAAAACGUGACGCUGGACUCGGAGAACAAGGGCGAUGCGUCCGAUAGCUACGGCUUGAUGGCCACCCCUCGUGGCUCGUCGACCGAGCCCGAGGCUGUACUGAACGUUGCCGCCGACAGCGAGAAGCACUUCAUCCCGGUCACCGUCGCCUUCAAGGACCUGUGGUACUCCGUGCCGGACCCGGCCAACCCCAAGGACACCAUCGACCUGCUCAAGGGCAUCAGCGGAUACGCGCUGCCCGGCACCAUCACGGCGCUCAUGGGGUCCUCGGGCGCAGGCAAGACCACGCUCAUGGACGUCAUCGCCGGCCGCAAGACGGGAGGCAAGAUCCGCGGCCAGAUCCUGCUCAACGGCCACCCGGCCACCGACCUGGCCAUCCGCCGGUCCACGGGCUACUGCGAGCAGAUGGACAUCCACUCGGAGUCGUCGACGAUCCGCGAGGCGCUCACGUUCAGCGCGUUCCUGCGCCAGGGCGCCGACGUGCCCGACAGCUACAAGUACGACUCGGUGAACGAGUGCCUGGACCUGCUGGACCUGCACCCGAUCGCCGACCAGAUCAUCCGCGGCAGCUCCGUGGAGCAGAUGAAGCGCCUGACCAUCGGCGUGGAGCUGGCGGCGCAGCCCAGCGUGCUGUUCCUGGACGAGCCCACGAGCGGCCUGGACGCGCGCAGUGCCAAGCUCAUCAUGGACGGCGUGCGCAAGGUGGCCAACACGGGCCGCACCGUCGUGUGCACGAUCCACCAGCCGUCCUCGGAGGUGUUCAGCGUGUUCGACAGCCUGCUGCUGCUCAAACGCGGCGGCGAGACGGUGUUCGCCGGCGAGCUGGGCAAGAACGCGAGCGAGAUGAUCGCGUACUUCGAGUCCAUCGACGGCGUGGCCAAGCUCGAGGACAACUACAACCCGGCGACGUGGAUGCUGGAGGUGAUCGGCGCCGGCGUGGGCAACAGCAACGGCGACAAGACGGACUUCGUCCAGAUCUUCCAGCAGAGCAAGCACUUCCAGUUCCUGCAGUCAAACUUGGACCGCGAGGGUGUGUCUCGGCCGUCGCCGUCGCUUCCAGCACUGGAGUACAGCGACAAGCGUGCCGCGACGGAGCUGACCCAGAUGAAGUUCUUGAUGCAGCGCUUCUUCAACAUGUACUGGCGUACGGCGUCGUUCAACCUGACACGCUUCUUCGUGUCGUUGGUGCUGGGGCUUCUCUUCGGCAUCACGUACGUCGGCGCCGAGUACUCGUCGUACUCGGGCAUCAACUCGGGCAUGGGCAUGCUGUACUUGGCUGUCGGGUUCCUCGGCAUCGGCUCGUUCAACAGCGCUCUCCCCAUCGCGUCGCAGGAGCGAGCCGUGUUCUACCGCGAGCGCGCUGGGCAGAGCUACAAUGCGCUCUGGUACUUCGUGGGCUCGAGCGUGGCCGAGAUCCCGUACACCUUCGGCGCGACGCUGCUGUUCAUGGCGAUCUUCUACCCCAUAGUGGGCUUCACGGGCUUCGGGUCGUUCCUCACGGUCUGGCUGACCGUGUCGCUGCACGUGCUGCUGCAGGCGUACAUCGGCGAGUUCCUGGUCUUCCUGCUGCCGAACGUCGAGGUGGCGCAGAUCCUGGGCAUGCUCAUGUCGCUCAUCUUCCUGCUCUUCAUGGGCUUCAGUCCUCCGGCCGGAGACCUGCCGACGGGCUACAAGUGGCUGUACCACAUCACGCCGCAGAAGUACACGCUCGCGGCCAUGUCGACCGUCGUGUUCGGCGACUGCCCCAGCGGCGGCGACGGCAGCGACGUCGGCUGCAAGCACAUGACGAACGUGCCGCCCUCGCUGCCGGCGAACCUGACGGUGAAGGAGUACCUGGAGGACGUGUUCCUGAUGAAGCACAGCGAGGUCUGGCAGAACUGCGCCAUCGUGCUGGCCUUCGUGGCCUUCUUCCGCGUGCUGACGCUCCUGGCCAUGCGCUUCGUGAACCACCAGAAGCGGUAA